AACGCCGAACUAAGUAUGAACGCCAAAGUGGCACUCGUCGUGCUCCUGGUUUCACUGGCACACUGCUCAAAUGGGCAAGUGACCACCGAUAGCACCCCUACGGAAGCUUCACUGGCAAAGAAGACCACCAGCGACGUAGCGUCCAGCCUGCUCACGCGUCUCGUGAGUGACGUAAUGUUGAAUGCAAGUGAAGCGUUGCGUGGCAGCGUCAGUGUUCACGACCAGAUGGACGCUGUGGUCAAGGACGCGGCAUUGAGGCUCAAUGAAAUGGGUUACCUGCUGGUCAAGAUGGGAGCAGCUCUCAAAGUCGCAGGUCGACGCCUCAAGGACGACGAUGACACACUGAGCAUCGUUUUGGGACCGGCCAAGUUCCGCAAACAGAAAGCGUCUCUAUGGGCUCUUGACAUCGCGAAGCUUGGCAACAGCACCACCGGGGUACGGCUUGCCCAAAUCACAGCGAAGAUUAUCAACGCGUACGCGACAAGAAGCAGACCGUCUUCCAUAUACAAAGGCGCCGACCAGAUUGGGGAUAUCGUUGGCUCGGCUGGUGACUCCCUGGAAGACAUCGCUCUCAGGCUCGCGGGCCGUAGAGAAAGCGGUACCGCUGCACUUCUGCCGAAACCGGACCUGACCGAUUCGGGCGAGGCACUGCUACAGAAUAUCAUCGACAUCAUCCUGAAACAUGGUGCCCACUAGGAACACACUUUAGGUGAAAAUAAACUUACUUCAGAGUCGUUCUGAA